CAUCUCUAAUAAUAAUCUUUGCAAAAAAAAAUAAAUAGAAAAAUGGCGAGGAAGUAGGAAUCCCAAAUUCAAAAGCAUUUAUCCGCUAUCACUCAUUCUCUCCGAGCAUGCCUUUUAACUUCUAAUUCAACUUUUAGAUUCACAAGCUCACUCGUUCUGCUCUCACAGGGAGAAGAUUUUCCAUCUCACACACAUAUGAUACCAAACCGCCGCUAGUUGGUUCGAAUCUCCAUAACCGUCAAGCUAUCAUGUCGUCGUCGGAGCUUGGUUCGCCUUGCGACGAACGCAUUUUCAUGUUGCCAGCGCUCAAUUCGACGAAAAAGUCUAGGGUUAGGGUUUUUUCCGAGGACGAUGCGAGAAUUGCAACCGCAACUUCCGCCGUUGAUCGGUUCGACCUAAUCAACAACCACGCUGAAUCUCACGUGUCAGGUUUUGAGAGAGAUAGUGGAAUGGCGAGGAAUCUAGGACACAAUUUCGAAGUUGGGGAUUUGGUUUGGGGGAAGGUGAAAUCGUACCCGUGGUGGCCUGGAUUCAUAUACAAUGAGACUUUUGCAUCUUCUUCAGCGCGACUUUCAAAGAAGGAGGGGUUUGUGUUGGUGGCUUUCUUUGGUGAUAGUAGUUACCGUUGGUUUGAUCCAACUCAACUUAUCCCCUUUGAUGCGAAUUUUGCUGAGAAAUCAAAGCAAUUAAACUCAAAAUCUUUCUCCAAUGCAGUGGAUGAUGCAGUUGAUGAAGCAAGUAGGAGAAGUGCUCUUGGCCUAAUGUGUAGAUGUAGGAACCCUGAUAAUUUUGCUCCAACCAGUGUUGAAGGGUACUUUUCUGUUCAAGUGCCAGAUUAUGACUCUGGAAUCUAUUCUGAAGCUCAAAUAUGGAAGGCAAAAAAUGAUUUUAGACCUUCCGAAACACUUGCUUUCAUCAAGCUAUUGGCUGUUGCUCCACAUGGUGGCGAUGACAGAAGUUGUAACUUUGCUAAGAGUAAGGCCAUUGUUUUUGCUUUUCGACGAGCAGUGUUUGGGCUGCAUGAUGAGACUCAUGCUGAGGCUGUUGGAACGCAGCCAUUGUGUCAUUCUAAUCCUCAGGCCAGUCCCCUUGUUCAACCUGUAAUGCAUUUCAAAUCUCAAAAAAGGAAGGAAAAAAAUGGUUUUGGACCCCUUGAAAUACUUGCUUUCAUGAAGCAAUUGGCUAUUGCUCGACAUUGCGUCGAUCGCAAAAGCUGUAACUUUGUUAAGAAUAAGGCUGCUGUGCUUGCUCUUCGACAAUCAGUGUUUAAAAUGCAUAGAGAGACUAAUGUUGAGGCUGUUGGAGGGCAACCAUUGCACCCUUCUAACCCUAAGGCUAAUCCUCUUGUUCAACAUCUUAAUCAUCCUGCUAGUGGGUACUUUUACGUUCACGUGCCAGACUAUGACCCUGGAAUCUAUUCCAAAGCUCAGACCAUGAAGGAAAAAAAUGGUUUUGGACCUGCCGAAACAGUUGCUUUCAUCAAGCAGUUGGCCGUUGCUCCAUAUGGCGGUGGUCUUCAAAGCUAUAGCUUCUCCAAGAACAAGGCUGCUGUGUUUGCUCUUCGACAGGCAGUGUUUAAGUUGGACGAUGGGACUUAUGUCAAAGCUUUUGAAAAUCAGUUACUGUCAUCUUCUAGCCCCCAGGCUAAUCAGCUUAUUCAGCCUCAGUGUUAUUCUGCUAGCGGCGUUUCUUUGAAUCGUCCAGUGGUGGAGACAGAAACUUUGGGUGCUGAGAACAGUUCAAAAUCUGUUAAGGCUGAGAACAAUGUCAUGAAGCAUAAGUAUAUUCCUAAUCCUCAAGAUGAAGAUGCAGGUUCUGCAGGUUCAGCUAUAAAAUCUAAAGUAGCUUUUGAAGAUAAGGUUCAACCAAAUGACAGUGGUUUUGUAUCAGAAGAAAUUACUUUCGAUUCUACACAUAAUCUUCGCGAGAAGGGAAAAGAAUUUUCAAAAGAAAAAACCAAAAGAUUUGAACCUAUUGCUGUUGCUAAUAAAAGGCUUGUGGUUAUGGCACUGCCAAGCUUAAUUGAUGAGACAUCUCGUCGAAUUCAUCUUGAAAGCAAAACUUGUUUUGAUGUUAAACAUGAUGGAAAUACAGUACUAUCACGACCUCGUGAUGAACUUCUGAUUUCAACGGAUGAAGUUAGUGUUGAUGGCGUGCCGAAGAAGAUAAAUGUUCAAAAGCGAUGUGCAGAUGAUUUGAAUUCUGAGACUUCUGCUGUUAUAAAAAAAAGAAAGAGUUCAAAUUUACAAUCUACCUUAGACCAUGUGGAGAAGCCUUCAACUUCUGAAACAUCUGUACAUCCUUCAAGCAAGGUGGAUCUUUCGGCCAGUAAGCAGCCACGCGUGUGUAGUAAGCUUCUUCAUGAAUUGAAAGCGAUUGCUUUAGAUCAUUUUCAUGGUAUUAAUGGAAGAACGCCUUCAUUUGUUAUCAAGUUCUUUUUGCGGUUCAGAUCUCAUACUUACCAGAAAAGCUUGGCUUUGUCGUCACCACCAACAAAGAAUGCAGUUCCUGAAGUUCAUGCUACCAAUGAUCAUGCUAGUGCUUCACUGGUUGUUAAGCCUGUAGAACAAAUCAUUCAGCCUGAUGAUUCAAACAAAGUUGCACGAAAAAGGGCUCUCGCUGACCCCCGAGAAGAAAUUAACGCGAAGAGAUUGAAGAAUAUCAAGGAGUUAAAGGCACCGGAUGCAGAGAAGAAGGCAGCCACCAAUGUUCCACCUGAGAUUGUUAAACCAAACUCGACCAGGGAAGUUAAGCAGCUAACUGAGCGGUUUGAACCGACAGAGCUGGCCAUCUAUUUUCCUCCCAUGGCACCUCUUCCAUCUAUUGCGGAGUUGAAGGCAAGGUUUGGUCGUUUUGGGCGUAUACACAAAUCAAGUCUCCGUGUCUUUUCGAAUUUGUCUGCUUGUCGAGUUGUUUUCAUGCAUAAGGACGACGCAGAAGCAGCAUAUACAUUUUCUGUAGCAAAUCAAUCCUUAUUUGGCGUUGCUGGUGUGAGGUAUUUCCUCAGGGCAUUGGAACGUUCUUCGCAUAAUAUCUCUGAAGUUGCUAAGGCUAGUGAAGACAUUGAUCAUGCCACAAAGCACAUUAAGGAUCCUGCACCACAACCUCUUUCACAGCCAAUAAACCAGCUCAAAUCCAUCCUGAAGAAAUCUACCGGUAAUAAGUUAGAGCGGGAAACUGGUAAACGACACAGUGGUAAAGGGACACAACGUGUAAAAUUCAUGUUAGCUGGCGGAAAAAGUAGUAGGGGAGAGCCAUUAGUUGAUGGUUGUUCACAUUCUCGUGUUGCUAUGGAUUCUAACACUAAGAACGUUCAAAAGGUCAAUUCUCAACCAUCUUUGCCUAUUCUUCCAUUUCCUUCUCAGUUUGUUAAAAGUACACCACAUGAUCUGCAUAAUUUCGACAUGGCAUCGAGAAAUACUACCAACUUUAUAAACACGGAUGUGUCUACUACCAGAACUGCCAUUAACAUAUCAAAGAAGAUGAUAUGCCUUUUGACAAGGUGCCAUGAUCUUGUGACUAAUUUGACGGAUUUAGGCCAUGGGCCAUACCGUCCACUUUGACGGAAUGUGGCGGACUUGGUUGACUGCGAAGAAGUUUGGAUUUGUGAUAUGUAAAUAUACUCUAUGUAUUGAAAAUGAGAUCUUAUUACUUACUACUCAUUCUCAUGUUCUUUUUCAUGGAAAUAGAUUCAAAACAUCAAUAUGAACUA